AUGCCCCUCCUCCGCCGCCGCCCCGUCGCGCUCCUCCCCCUGCCCCCCUUGGACGGCCUCUCCCCAACCUCGCCCGUCUUCUACCUCAAAGCGACAGGCGAAAUCUUCCUCGACUACGAACAGUACGCAGCCCGCUUGACGUUCCUCCUCACCCGCCAGUUCCAGUGCGAGUACUCGGGAAAGAGCGGGUUGGAUUACUUCUCGGCGCUCCAGUCGGAAAAGGCCGAGAGCAAGGUCGUUCGCGAGCGGUUCCCCGACGCGCUCAAGGGCAAGGUCCUCGGCAGCGUCCAGUUCCAGGUCAUGGGCCGCCUCGACUCGCUCGUCGACCUCGUCUACGACCGCUACAAAGACCGCUACUUCAAGGACGAAAAGGUCUUUGUCGACAUCGCCGGCGACAAGUACUUCGCCUUGAUCUCGAACGUCUUUCCCCCGCAAAACAUCCGCGACCAAGUCGCCUCCUCCUCUUCCGGCCCCUCGACCUCUUCCACAGACACCUCUUCGCUCUACGCCUCGGCCGCACACAAGACCGGCGUCGACAUGAACAUUGAUCCGAAGACUGCGCGGGCCGAAGAUGACCCGGACGAGUACCUCUAUACGUUGCAGUUGAUGGACGAGGAGGGCAAGUUUGAGGGGAGUACGAUGGAGGUUAAGCAUCGCUCUCUCUCACGCGACCGCCUCGCCUUCUCGAAAUCCAUCCUCAAGCGCUACCUCCGCGAAUGCCUGAUGCGGGACGCCUCAAUCGGCGCACCGUGGAUCGUCAAGCCCUCUAUCGCGCGGGCAUUCGAUAUCCCCCUCGAACAGAGCGGGAGUAUCGAGGAGAGGAACCGCAAGGCUAGGGAGGCCAAGUUGGCGAAACGGAGGAAGGCGGGGGAGGGAGGUGGAGCGGGGAAGGAGAGGGAGGAGGGGGAGGGGAAGCAGGGACCGGCCAAGAGGAGGAAGACGGUCGACGGCUCCGCGACUCCCGCAUCCGCCUCGACGCCCCUCGACCGCGCCUCAACAGUCGGCGCCGUCCCGUCCGAAUCGACCAAGAAACCCAUCAAGUACCCGAUCGAAGACCUCGACCUCGACCCCAUGUCGAUCAUCGACGGCCGUGUCUUGCGCCGCGUCAACUCGGAGUUGCCGACCCUUCCGCCCAAGCCUCAGCCGAAGAGGGAUCUGCUCGUGCCCGAGGAGAACUUUGAUCGCUUUGUCGAGACGUGGAAUAUGCUCAACGUCUUCUCCAAAGCACUCAACAUCUCGCCCUUCUCGCUCGACGACUACGCCGGCGCGCUCAACCACCCGCACGCCCACCCUCGCUGCACACUCCUCACCGAGAUCCACGCCUCGCUCACCAACAUCAUCGGGACGGACAACUCGCGCGUCCUCGGGUCGACGACGGCCGUGCCUUCGUAUGGGCGUGGAGGGGCGGCUGCUGCUGCUGCGGCGGCGGCGGCGGCGGGAGAGGAGCCUGGUACGCCGGCUGCGGAGGGCGACGAUCAGCUUGCGGACGGAGCAGGAGCGGCAGCGGGAGCCGAGCGCGACGGGACGGUCGAGUACGAGCAAAUCCCGUACGAAGAGUCCGAGCUAAACAAGCUCGUCCGGCUCGGGAUCUCGCACGCGAAGCGGUGGGACCGGCAGGCGAAACUCAAGAGUGCGGACAAGCGCGAGGGGUGGGAGAAGCACCUCAUCGGAGCGUUGUGUCAGCGCGGUGGACCGGUGCAUAUGCCGAAUUUCGUGAGGAUCAUGAGGCACCUCUUCAAGGGCCACCCGGCGCUCCCGAAGCAGGAUUGGUACCCUGGAGACGAGGAGGAGGCGGAGGCGGACGUCAAGCCGAAGAAGGAGGAGGAGGGCGGCGAAGCUGGGGAUGCCGAGAUGAACCCGCCCGCGUCCUCGACAACCAAGCAGGACCAGCCCGAUCAGCGCGACGACGUCGACCAACUCGGCACCCCUCCUCCCGCCGCCGACUCGCCCUCGACGAAAGCCGGCGACUACGAUGCCGAGCCUCAGUACUUUUCUCUCGCGCUCGAGGACAAACUCGACAUCGUCGCGUACCUGUGCACCCUCGUCAUGGGCUCAAAAGUCGUCAGGAGCUUUGUCGACGAGUCGGAUGCGAGGUUGACCGAGUUGAGGAAGGUCAAGGCGGAUGUCAACAAGGAGAAGAAGGCGCUCAUCGAGAAGAAGGCCAUCCUCGACGCCGGCGGCAAGAUCGAGCCCGCCGCCGCAACAUCGCUCAACGGCGGCGCUUCGGCCACGCCCGCCCCCGCGAACGGUACCUCUACGCCCUCCGCCACGCCCGCUGCCGCUCCGCCCGCUCCUGCAGCAAACGGCUCGACGUCCCGCGCGCCCUCCGAGGCGACCGAGACGCCCUCGCGCGCGGCGUCCGUCAAGCCCUCGGCCGGCGCCGACGAAGACGAGGAAGAAGACCAGCUCGCGUCGGACGACGACGACGAGCGGUCUGUCGCCCCCUCCGAGGCAGGCUCGAUCUCGUACCUCUCGCGUCGGCAGGCUGCGCUCGAGGAGAAGCGGUUGGAGAAGUUGCAGGAGGGUGGAAGUGGGCGGGCGGGGUCUGUCGCGUCAGGGUCGGGUACGCCUCGCGCACGAACUUUGACGAGUGGGACAGGAGCGACGAAAGACGUCCCUCGCGCUCCGCCGACGAUCGAGGACUUGAUGCGCCAGAACGCGCACAAGGACGACUUUGUCGAUCGCGAGUUUAGGCGAUACCAGGGUGUCGCGCGUUGUCGCCCGCUCGGCAAGGACCGGUUUCACUGCCGGUACUGGUGGUUCGACGGGAUUGGCGGGAUGGACCUCGUCGUGCCCAAUUCGGCGGGAGAGGAAGUCGUCACGUACGGGACGGGAAGGCUUUUCGUGCAGGGCCCGAGCGAGGAGGAUUGGGAGGUUAUUUGCGAUGUGAGGGAGAAGGGGGAGGAGGGGGAGAAGGGCGCGAGGGAGAGGAGGAUGAGGGAGGAGGUGGUCGAGGAGCCGGAGCAGUUGCUGGGCGUCAACGAGUGGGCGUACUACGAGGACGACGAGCAGCUCGACUCGCUCAUCGCCUGGCUCAACAGCAAGGGCACGCGCGAGCUCGCGCUCAAGACGGCGAUCCAGAAAUGGCGUCCACUCAUCACCGCCGGCGCAGAACAACGUCGCUACGACGCCGCCAACCCCGAGUUGCCGCGGUACGAAGCCCCGCCUGGCAAGCGGCGCGCGAGUCGCAAGGACCGGCAGGAGCCCGAGCCCGACAGGACGUACAUGGGCUGGCGGAACCAGAUCGCUCGCUUCUGA